CAGCUCCUGAAACGCAAGACUGCCACACAUCUGUUCGACCAACGCCAGUUGAUCUAAACGCCAGUAGAUCUGGAACACCGGUCGUGGUCACCGUGGACCCAAAGAGGCGACUGGACGUGCCUGACAGGAGAGUGUGACCGCAGAAGAGACAGGAACCCUGGAUCUGCUGCUGAUGUAGAGGUCCGUCCCAGGAAGCUCACAGGUUUGUCAUUGUUGCUGUGAUUUAAUAUGAAGUUGUGGCCUAAUCCCGGCUUGGAAUGUGCACGGCUCUGAAAGCUUUCCAGCACACCUGAAUCCGUCAGCCGAUCAGCUGACCGAGUCCGGACCCGCAGCAUUCCUCGCCCACAUUCCGAGGAUGUUAUGAGCAGGAUAAGCCGCUCCCGCCCUGCACACUCACCCAAACACGCCGCUGUGAAUCCCGUCAGCCUGUCGGGCUGCGGCACGAAAACGUCUUCCUGUUUAUUCCCGCUGACACGCUGGUCAUCAGGCUGAAGCUCGGGCUGAGAAGGUUCCAGAUGUUUGCUGUCAGUCAGCUGCUGUGUGAACCUGCGCCGCACACCAAGUCUGUGGAAUAAUAAACUGAAGUGAAAGCUUCGAGUGAGAGGCGCUUUCUGUCAGCUGUUCCUGCCCUUGGACCUGGAUGAUGUCACUGAGGAAGGACGAUGGUGUGCGCUACGAGGUGAGUCCACCGUUCCCUCUCGGUUCCCCGGGUAUCCUGACGUCAGAGAUCAGGUCGGUUACCAGCCCGCUGACUGAACACGGCUUUCUUGAUCCAGGCACGAGGGCGCUCACCUGAAAGUUGGCGGAAUCUGAGCAAUCACAGUGAUGUUAGGAGAAGAAUAAAGUAUAAAACCAAGACGACUCAGAGGUCAGUGUCAGCAGCUCUGCAUCAGUGUGUGUGUUAAUAAAGUUUGAAGCCUGGACAGGAAACCAUCCAUCAUUCAGGCAUUUUAUCAAAUAAAUGUCUGUAAAGUCAGUAACCGUUAGAAACGCGGCACGUGUGCGUGUGAGGGCCGAAUCGCAUGUUAAAGGUUAUGAAACAGAAACUGAACCCAAAAGGAAUCACAUCAAAGUUGUGACUGAGAAUGAACAUGUGUCACUCGGAGUCACACAGACUUCAGACCUGCUGGUGUCGACGCUCUGAGGGAUCCUUAGGAACGGGGACGUUGUUUUCCUGAGAUCUGAUUGGCUGGUGGGUGGGGAUUUCAUACCCGCUGAUCGCUAAUCUGGAGCAGGUUCGGUUCACAGCAUCAGUUUAUUUUUUUAACCCCCUUCACAGAAACCUGGAGUUACUGGGGUUACCUGGAUCAGGUGAAGUCCUGCUUUGUGCUGCAGACCUCAGAUCCGACUCUCUGUUUCUAAACGUAUCCCCCUUACUGUCAGCCUACUGCUCCUGGUCACCCCACCCGGCCUGCCGUGUUUGCACUGCCCUCUAGUGACGUCUGGAAGGGGGCGGGGCUAAAGCAGCUUCUUUCACACACAGGAUGAAGCAGUAUCAGAUACAGAAGGAUUAUUCUGAACUGCGAGUCAGGCAAAGCUGCUCUGUUAGAGUCUGGAUGUGCAGUUCGCUCACCCUUUAAUACAGGAUAAAGUCUUUAUGUUUGGGGUGGUGUUCACUUCCUGUCAGGGUCAGAGGUCAGAGAGGACCUAAAUGUAAAUGUAAACCCUGUUUGUUCUCAGAGAAUCUGAGUGAUCCCUGUGAGGAGGAGCAGGAGUGGGAGGAGGACCCACAGCACUUUGUCUCCUGUGAGAGGGAAACUUCAGCCUCUGCUGCCUGAAGCUCUGCUGCCUGGACCCCACCGCGUUUCAUCAACAUGUCCUCUGAUUGGUCCUUCCCUUCAGUCUGAAGAUCUAUCAGCCAAUCAGUUUCUGUCUGGCAGACUUUGCUUCAGUGCGGCGGGGGAGAGGAGUGAGCGAGGAUGCUGCAGCUGGGUGAGGAUCGGAGCUGAGGGGAUCGCAGCGUUUUGGGGUUAAAGCCAUCUCCAUCAUGGAGGUGCCCAGAAGGCUGUCCUUCCCACUGGUUCUCCCUAAACCAGCCUCGUCUGCUCGGUCUCCUCUGGGAGCUGCAGGUCAGACAGCUGGAAGCAGCAAAGAUCAAACUGGAGGGGAAGAGUUCAUCUCAGAGGAGAAGACGCCUGAGUCAGGGGUGAUUGUAGUGGUGGAGGCGCCACCUGAAGAUGGAAAAGCUGCUCGGAGAUUCUCCUCUCAGGACAGUUUCUCAGAGGAGAGCUCGUUAUCAGAGGAGAGGCUGGAAGAGGAGGCCAGAGAGGCCCAGAGGAGGGCCGAGGAGGAGGAGGCAGCAGCCAAGGAGAUUGCGGCCCAGAGGCAACAACUGGCCAUCCAGGAGCUUGUGGAGUCUGAGAGGAGCUACCUGCGCCUGCUGCACCUCAGCACCGUGACCAUCAGGAGCAACCUGCAGCAGCAGCUACAGCCGCCUCCAGCUGGACUGGACAGCAUGUUUCUGCACAUCGAGGAGGUGAUCGACGUAUCGAGCCGUCUCCUGAGCCUGCUGGACCAGAAGCAGCUUCAGUCUGGAGAGCCUGACUUCCUGCAGAGUCUCUGUGACUCAUUUCUCAGCCUGUCAUCAGAGAUGGAAGCCGCCUAUAAGGAGUACCUGGCGCACUACAAUCAUGUGACGGAGGUGGAGAACAGCUACAAACAGAAGGAGGCUCUGUGGAAUGAGGUUGUCAGAGUCAUCAAGGCUGCGGCGCCUGAUGUCAAUGCCACGUCACUGAGCUUCUUUUUGGUGAUGCCCGUGCAGCGGAUUGCCCGCUACCCCCUGCUGCUGCAGACCAUCCAGAAGCACACCGACGCCUCCCACCCGGCCUACGCCCUGCUGGAGCAGACCGCUCACACCUCUGUCGCCUUAAACUGUCGCAUCAACGAAUACAAGCGCUUCCGGGAAGUUGCUGACAAAUACAGGAAGACGGAAAUGCUGACCAUCAAGGACAAGAUCGUGCGCCUCAACACCCACAGCAUCGCCAAGAAGACCGCCAGGCUCGGUCAGCAGAUCAAACAUGAGGCCGGACUCAAACCUAAGCUGGUGGACGAGGAAUUUGAUGCCCUGGAAGGAUUCUUCUAUGUUUUGGAAAACGGCAUCCUGGAGCUGCUGGAGAACGUGGAGAUGUACCUGCAGCACCUCCAGGGCUUCCUGUCCUGCCGCACGGAGGACUUUGACUUGGACAUGGAUGGUGAAAAGGCACCGAUCUGCUACAAGGAGAUCACGACAGCGCUCCGACAGUGGAUCCUCCCGAUGUUUGAGAAGAGGAUGAGGAAGCUGAUCCACCAGCCUCUCUGUGCUCUCCGGGACCUCCUGGUGGGCCCGAGGAACCUAAUCAGGAAGAGACUCGACAAGCUGCUCGACUACGGGGUGAUCGAAGGAAAACCCAACCUGAGCUAUGAGGAGCAGGCUGUGGCCAACACGUACAGGACGUUGAACACACUGCUCCUGACGGAGCUCCCUCAGUUUAACGGGUUGGCUCUGCAGAUGAUGUGGAGCACGUUGGGGACGUUCAGCUGUCUGCACAGAGAUCUCGCAGCAGACAUGGAGCAGCUGUUUCACAGCUUCGCUCAGCAGCUCCCUCACAGCAGCCUUUCUCCUGGUGCAUUCUGGGAGUGGGCAGAGUCUUCGGUGCUGGAAGGAGCGAGGAGGCUGCAGCAUUUAUGUCGAAUGGUGGAGGACAAGCUCAACGCUCCAGAUUCCCAGCCUCUCAGCCCGUCCUCUCAGCGCCGUCUGAAGCAGCUAACGGAUAAGCACGGCUCUGGAAAGAUCUUCCAGGUGAUGAGCACGGUCGUGGGCACCCGGGACCUGGACCUGAACUUGACUAAGGGCGAGCUGGUGGCGGUGAUCAGCGAGGCCGACAGCCGUGGAGACAGAAGGAGGUGGCUGGUCGAUGCAGGAGGGAAGCGAGGCUACGCUGCUGCCUCGAAACUCAUUCGCUAUCACCAGCCAACAGACGACCCGCCCCCUUCACCACACCCGAGCCUGACAGAAGAUGUGACCACACGCAGAAGACACUCCUACAGCCCGGCGGGCAAUGCCCCACUGCCCAUGAGUCAGCCCUGCUUCCAGGUUGUGGGCGCCUACGACUUCACGGCUAGAUCGAAACACGAAGUUUCCUUCCGGGCCGGAGAACCCGUUCGUGUCCUGGAGCCUCACGACAAACGAGGGAGCCCCGAGUGGAGCCUGGUGGAGGUCAGAGGAGGUCAGAGAGGCUACGUGCCCUCCAACUACCUGGCAAUCAUGCCCGUGGGAGCGGGGCUGCCCCCGAACCCUGGCUUCUUCCUUUAGGGGGUGGAAACUGCAGCUGGUGCAGAUGAGAGGAUGGAUGGAAGAGCCUCCCAGGAUCAGCUGUUUACAGUCUCAGUGUUAAUCCUGCCACUUUAUCCAGUUUACGAAUGGAAGUGUAAAGUUUCUCCUGUGGCGUUUCCUGCUUCCACUUCCUGUGCAGCGUGCACAGGAUCGAAGCUUCAGGAGCAGCAAAUGAAGUUUACUGACUUUAGCUUUAAUAAUGAAGGUUUAGUGGUCUGUAGUGAUCUCUGCACUAACAUGCACAAUCAUCCAAGAAUGCUCUUUAAAGAUGGCAUCUGUAACGCCAUGAAGCUCUGACGGCGUGUCACCUCAAACAGCCUGAACAUUUGGACGAUGUUCGGUGUGCGGCGAGGACACAAAGUUGUUUUUAAGAUGAAGGACGAUUUUCAUGGCUGCUGAACGGUGAAGCGCUCAUUUCCCAUGAACCUCAGAGUGAUGCUGCAUACAUGCAGGGUGUGAGCUCUCUCAAGCUAACUGUAACGUGUGUGUGUGUGUGUGUGUGUGUGUGUGAACCCUCUUCACCUGCAGCAGAGCUGACAGGUACACGGCGCUCUCAUCAUCUCAGACUGAGUAAUGUGAUGUAAAUGUGAAACGUCUCCGAGGCCGAGGAAGAACAAGACUCAGCAGGAGGAGGAGCUGGGAGAGGGGCGAAGGACAGCGGCAGUUUCUGCUUUGCCUAUGAGCGGAUUUAAAUUUUGUUGUACUUUGAUUCCAGAGUUUUACGUAGGAGUGAAAUGGGUCAGGACAGAAUAACCUCCUCCUGCAUUCACAUUCACCUGACGAUGCUUGUUGCUAUGGAUAUGGCUCAGGCAGUGCGGGUCACAUCUGUGGCGUUUGCUCGGCUGGACUAAAGCUGCAGCAGCAUUUCUUGAUUCUCGCACUUUUGGGUCAGAAUCAUUUGAAAGCAUCUCUGAGCCUCCUGAUUGGCUCUCAGGUCAAAAACAGGAAGCUGAGCUCCAGUAGUUUUGCAGAAAACAACAGCUUGAAUGUUUGAGCAUCACAGACUCUCUCCUGGCCUCCUCCUGUGGGGCUGAGCAGCCUCAGCUGCUGUGAGCGUGGAGCAGAGGGAGGGAGGCCGAGAGUCAGAGCUGCUCAGCUGUUCCCAUCAGGCUGAAUGUCAGGAGGAGGAGGAUGCUUCUCUCCUAAAAUACCAGAUGUCCUCAGGGUUAGUCAGAUGGACUGAAACCUCAGCCUGAGAACAUUUACCUGAUUUCCCCUCCUCAGAGCCCGGUUUAGGAUGAGGGGAGUGGUUCAUUCCUCAGUUAUUUUGGGAAGUUUUAAUUCCACAGACGUGCAGAUGAAGCUGCAGCGUUCCCUAUGUGGAGGAAGUAGAUAUUUGAACCCAUACACACACGGAAACCACAGAGGGAACAUUUCUGGCUUUUUCUGUCUGAUCAGAAACCAGGUCAGCAUCUUCCUCGAAUGCUGUUCUCAUUUUCACCACCAGAGGGAGGCAGAGACUCGGAGCGUGUGUGCAUGAUCAGACUAACCGUGUGUGUGUAUGUGUGUUUGGUAAUCGUGGCCACAGUGUGUACUUCCUGUUUUGUUUCUGUGUGGUUUCAUGAACCUGCUGCUCAGUCGGUCCUGCUGAGUCAUUCUGUUUCCUCGAUGCUGCAGAGCCUCGUGACCUCUGCUGAGCUGCCACAGUUGUGAUGUUGAACUCAGUCACACAGCAGGUGGGAGGCUGAGCAGCAGCAGAGAGUGUGGCUUCAAUAAAACUAAACUCAAAA